ACGGCGACCAUCCUGGGAGCCAUUCCGAUCGUGAGUACGUACUGGGCUACUCUACCAGGAGUUAUAGAGCUUCUUUUUGUGCGUGGAUCCUAUUGGCUGACUCUUUUCCUCUUUGGACUCCAUCUUCUGCCGCAUUUCUUCCUGGACACUGCUCUUUACAGUGAGAUCAAGGGAGCUGGUCAUCCGUAUCUCACAGGCCUCUCCAUAGCCGGCGGUCUCUACUACUUCGGUGCAGAGGGUGCCUUCAUCGGGCCUAUACUCCUCUGCUUUAUGUUGGUCGGAGUCAACCUCUAUCGCUGCUUUCUGACCUCCGAAGCGACCAGGCAACCGUCCAUCAGUCCACCUCCCACGACCAUCUUCAUGACUCACGCUAAGCCCACGGUCCUGUCCCCCUUUCGAUUCUCCAAUUUUGCCACCCCUCGUCGAACACGUAGGCCCAUUGUCGUUCGGCCGUCCGUGAGCGAAGAACUCCUUGCUGAGGCUAGCCACCACUGA